ACAUACCUAAGAUAUAGUGCAUUAUGAAGAGUCUAGUUGAGUAUGUCAGUGUAAUGGAGAGCCAUAAGCCUUACAUAGCAGUGCUCUUUGUACAGUUUGUAUAUGCAGGCAUGGCUUUGUUCUCCAAGGCAGCAAUUGCUAAAGGAAUGAACCCUUUUGUUUUUGUUGUUUAUAGGCAGGCUUUUGCCUCAGUUACAUUGACUCCAUUUGCUAUCUUUCUUGACAGCAAGAACGCACCUCCACUGUCAUAUGGUUUACUUUGCAAGAUCUUUUUGGUUUCCUUUUGCGGAUUAACUCUGAGUUUGAACCUUUACUAUGUUGCAAUCAACAAUACAACUGCAACAUUUGCUGCUGCAACCACUAACAUAAUUCCUGUCAUAACCUUUAUAAUGGCUGCACUAUUGAGGAUGGAAACUGUUUCCAUAAAGGAUGUGCCUGGAAUUGCCAAACUGAUCGGUUCUGCUAUAGCUGUUUCUGGUGCUCUGGUGUUCGCUUUUGUGAGGGGACCUCCUUUGAAGUUCAUAAACUGGAAUCAAGCUACUCUUGGUGACCAUAUUCAAGACUCAUCAUUAAAGGGUUGUUGCUCUAGAGAAGAAUGGAUUAAAGGUUCUCUCCUGAUGAUCUCAGCCAACAUACUUUGGUCUUUGUGGUUUGUCUUGCAGGGUCCCAUUGUGAAGCAAUAUCCAGCCAAACUGCGUCUUACUGCUCUGCAAUGCUUCUUUUGCUGCAUACAGUCAGCUUUUUGGGCGAUGGCUGUGGAGAGGAAUCCAUCAGCUUGGAAGCUUGGAUGGGAUGUUCAUCUCCUGGCUGUGGCCUAUUGUGGCAUAACUGUUAAUGGAAUUUCUUACUGGCUGCAAGUUUGGACAAUAGAGAAGAAAGGACCAGUUUUUGCUUCAAUGUUCACUCCAUUAGCACUCAUCAUUACGGCCAUUUUCUCUAUAUUCUUGUGGAAAGAAACCCUUCAUUUGGGAAGUGUUGGUGGAGCAAUUUUGCUUGUGAGUGGGCUUUAUGGAGUAUUGUGGGGCAAGAACAAAGAAGAAGGAAAAAGUGUAACAAAUCACAAUACAGAAACUGAUCUGAUCACAUUGGAGUGCAUUACACAUCACUAGGUGAUGGGAUGAUGGAACUGUAGCAAAUGAUCCUUUACAAAAUGCUCCAAAAAUCAUCAUUUCAAGAGUCUCUCCUAUAUGAUUUUUUUUUCUUUACACAUAUAUAUUGGUUUUUUUUUUUUUCCCUUCAGUUUUGAUUUUCUAAAAUAUCUGAACUGAAAAGUGUGAAAAUUUUUCAAAAAAAUAGUAAAUUUUAUGCAUUUUGUUAAUUAAACCCUACAACAAUAAUCAA